GAGGCUCUGGAGUUUAAAAGUGCUUUAAUCUGCAUCCAGUGCGCAGCAGCUGGUGGCAAAGUAGAAAUAAUCUGGCAACAUUGGCAACUUUCUCUUCUGCUGCGAGGUGCUACUGUCAAGAGCGUUUUCAUACCAGUUUCUUAAAACUUCAACAACUUGGCCUCAACUACUCUUCCUGAUGGCAAAUACUGUUGCUUCUGCCUACUGUGUGGUGCUCGCCAUUCUGCUGGUGCAUACUCGAAGCCACAGUGGACCGGAAGGGCGAAAGUACUACAAACGGAUUGGAACCAAUGUAACCCUGUCAUGCGAGACCUCUGACACUCAUACUCCAGUGAUAUGGAGAUUUAACGGACAUGCGAUAGCCCGCGAUGAGGGUCACCUUCUUCAAGGCACCAAUCUCACCCUCAUAAACAUAGAUACACUACGCAGUGGGACCUACAGCUGUCAUGAAAAACACAGCGAAAGCUUGAAGAAUCAAAUAACAAUUCAAGCUGGAAACCCUCCAGUAGCACCCACCGUAGUCUGCAGAUCAAACGCCUACCCUGACACAUUCUACUGCACAUGGCAACUCUCAGGCCCAACUUACAUCCCAACGGAAUUUGACAUCUCCGUAAGACAUGGGGAUAAGGAAAUUGAGACCAUUAAGGGAGCCAACCACAAGAACAGGUGCAACAUAAAGUUUACAGAAAUGUUUUCUACAAGCAAGUACAUAGUGACAGUAACAGCAAGGAAUGCACUGGGUUCCAACUCCUCCACCAUUUCAUUCAAUGAGAUUUCCAUAGUGAAACCAGACCCUCCAGAGAUAAUUGAAGUAAAUACGAUUCCUGACUCCCCGAGCAGGCUGGAAGUGAAAUGGAGGAAUCCACAGUCAUGGCCUGAGCCAGAUACUAUGCCCCUCAAGUACUUUCUGAGAUACAAACCUGUCAUUCUGGAUGACUGGCAACAUGUCGAAGUGACUGAUGUUCCAUUUCAUACAAUCACUGAUGCAUAUGAAGGGAAAGAACACAUAAUACAAGUUGCUGCUAAAGACAGUGAGAUUGGGACCUGGAGUGAAUGGAGUAAGGCUGUGCAUGCAACACCAUGGACUGCAUUUGCAACAGAUUACAAGCCUAUAGAAAGAAACAUCAAUGUUUCAGAAAAUUUAACCAGUACAACCCCAAGUGUCAGUGCCAACCGAAAAGGCAGCAACUCUCCGAAAGCAGAAUUAUCCAUGAUAUUGUUCCUCGGCAUGAUCAUGACUUUAUUUAUCUGAUUACUACUCUGUUUACCCACAGUAAAGGACAAAAGCAGUUACGAGAAUCGGUGCUUUUUAUUUUGCACAUGUGGAUGGAUCCAAUGCAUCUCCUUAUCAACAUGAUUCCUGAAAAGAACUCCUGGGAAUUUAAACCUCAGAUCCUUGUGAAAGUUCACAGAACAUAGACACAUACACAGAAGGAAAGCAAAAGCAUGGAUCUUUACUGGACACAUCGUCAUGCUGAUGCAUUUUCUUUCAAGGGCAAAUGAAUACCAUUUAAUCUUGCAUCUGGUGAGGGAAAUAUUUUCAAAAAAAUAAUGUGAACAAAUCCAAUCACAUACAGCUGAAUCAUCAUGCCAAAGACACCGUGAUCUCCAUGACUUUUAGCCACAAUACUCAGCUUCCUCAAAUACAGGCAUCUCUUUAGUGAGGGCAUUUGCAAUUAGAUGAUGGUCUACUGUUAGUGACAGUACUGUGAAAUUUUGAGUGUUGAAAAUUGUGGUUUGUGAUUUUAUCACAACUGGUUUAAAACAAUGUUUUGUAUUUAUGGCUGAUAACAAAUAAUGGAAUGAAUUGCUCCACUAUGAACUUCAUGCCCUAAAAUGUCUGUGGUGGACUGCAUUGAUUUUUUUUUACUGGAAAACAUAUUUGUAUGCUAUUCAGUUAUACCAAUAAUAGACUCUGUUGUGUUUUUUUAAAAAACACAUCUUCAUUAUUAUCUUUCUUUAAAAAAACAACUAAAAAAACAAAAACAUAAAGGGGAUCAAUUUAACUUUUCACGUACUUUCCAAUCUUGCCACCUACAUAAACUUGACCAUACUUACAUUUAAACAUGCAGGGAAAAUGACAAAUCCUCUGCUACUUAUCAAAUGCCAUAUAAUCAAUUCUAUAGAACUCAGUAGCUCAAUCCUCAAAUUUCUUCUUUAAAAAAAACAAUUUAUCGUAAACAUGCAACAAUGACAGUUAGUUGUUAAGUGUUAGAAUUAGACCAUUGUAAGAAUUAGAAAUCUCAUUUUUUUAAUGAAAACAAAAUAAAACUUACUUAUUAGAAAAUGAUCAUUUAACAAAGGUGUGUUGUUGAAUAUAAAAUAAUCCAUUUUAUUGCCAAUGCUCUAUGUAUUUAGAACAUGUGCUUGAAACAGCAUCGCUCUACGAUAACGCACUCACCAAAUCCCAUUUCUAUCCAGCCAAAAUCGAUUUCAACAACAAGCAACAUUUAUAUUUAAUAAUAUUAUAUAAUUUUACAAUCAGAAGUCCAAUUUUAUAUAACAACAUUGGUGAAUUUUACUUGUGCAGAGAUCAUUAGGCAGAAUAUCCAUGCGGAUUUGCAAGGAUAUAGGGAGUCUUGUCCUAGGAUCAAUGUACUGUGCUCCUGUGGAGUUUCAGACUCUCCUUAACACAAUAUGGUUCCUCAUGAAUUGGGAGGAUCCUCAUACCAUGAACAUACAAUUUCUGGUCAACAAAUUUUUAAAAACUCGUGGGCAUGAUUAAUACCAUGUUCAUAUUCACAUAAGAUUCAUCAGCUAUGUUGCCUUGCUACACGCACAACAAGAUAGAAUCUAAAGGAAUUUCUCAGCUUGGAAAAAGAGUAAGAUCAUUUUGGGGCAAGCCAAUUAAACGUAACCACAUUAUGCACUAUGAAACAAAAAAAAUCAAUAUAAAUCAAUUGAAUGAAGCCUUGUUAUUUAUGAAUGAAAGGAAUGGCGAUAAUGUGAAGAGUAUGUUGAGCAUCCCAGUCAUCCUUGAUGUUUCUUUUCCAAAAGUAAUGUAGAGUCUAUCUCUUCCCAAGAUCAUAGCAUUGGAUUCCUGAGAAAGAGCCAAUGAAGAAUGGUGCCCAUUCCACUAAAACAUUGCCAGCUCUGAGACCAUUUUCAGCAUUUAUAUCCCCUUAACAGAAAUGGAUAGUUGACCUUGGAAGAUAGCCUAAAGAUGUGCUCACCAUUUAAUGUGAAUAUGUAUACUGGCCUUUUCAUUCAAACUACUUUGACUUUCGGGGUGAGUUAUAUAUAAUUACAUAAUCUUAAGAAUAUCAUCGCUGGAGCAUCAUUUCAUUUAUGACUAUGUUUGACUUUCCAGAAAAAUGUCAUUGAUAAGGUGACAGGUACAGGACAAAGCACUAUAACAUGUAUUUUCUCUCAAACUUCUAAAGAUUCUACUUCUAACAUAAAGUUCAGAAGCAAAAUCCAUUCACUCAAUGAACCACAAUGUGUAUGACUGAUAAAGUCCCUGAUGUUUCUCAGAUGUAGUUGGGCAUCUGGUGAAUGCAGCACACAUUCCGCUUGACAUUGGAGAGGCUUUCCAUGUAUGCUCACUGUACUGAUCACUAUCUGAGUCCACCUGGGCAGAACUGAUAUGUGGUCUCUCCUUCCAAGGGAAAGGUGCAGUAAUUUCCCUCUGGCUCUGACCUAACUGCUGUUAAUGAUGAAAUAAUAGCUCUCACCUAGCCUUGUCAGUCCCAAUCUGAGCUGGUCUUUUGUGGUGUCCAUUACAAGGACGCAAGGCCUCUUGUUCUUUUCCUCUUCCUCUUCAUGAAGUCCUGCAAGAUUCGAUUCAAAUUUAUUCAUUACGUUUACACUGAAACUUACAAUAAAAUUUGUCAUUUGCAUUAACAACCAGCACACCACAGGGUGUGCUGGGGGCAGCCCACAAGUGUAGCCACACAUUCUAGCACUGACAUAGCAUGCCCACAAUGUUUUGCAGAACACAGCAACAAGACAGCAACAACAAAAACAAGUCCCAUUCCUCUAUCCCUUCCACACAUACACAGUCCUUUAACCCCAGGACAGACCCCCAGCCUCCAGGCCAUAUCUCCCAUGGCUAAGCAAUAAUGAAGGCAUGGUUGUGGAAGUUGUUAGAAUGAUUCAGCAAACAGACACAUAAGCAAAAACAAAAUAUUUACCUUUAUGAAGGGAAGUGGCACAUCAGAACAUCCAAGCCCUAUUGGAGACUUAGACCAUAAGACAUAGGAACAGAAUUAGUACAUUCAGUCAAUUGGGUCUACUCUGCCAUUAUAUAUGGCUGUUUUAUUAUUCCUCUCAACCCCCCCAUUAUCCUGCCUUAUCCCCAUAAACAUUGAUGCCCUGUCAAAUCCAGAAUCUAUCAACCUCCAUUUUAAAUAUGCCCAAUGACUUGGCCUCCACAGCUAUCUGUGGCAAUAAAUUCUACAGAUUCUCUCCCUUCUGGCUAAAGAAAUUCCUCUUCAUCUCUGUUCUGCAUGAAUGGUCCUCUAUUCUGAGGCUGUAGCCUCUGGGCCUCUCCAUGUCCACUCUACUUAGGCCUUCCAAUAUUCGAUAGAUUUCAAUGACAUCCACCUUUAUUCUUCUAAACUCCAGUGAGUACAGGCCCAGAGCCAUCAAGCAUUUCUCACACAUUAACCCUUUCAUUCCUAGAAUCAUUCUCAUGAACCUCCUCUGGACCUUCUCCAAUGCCACCAAAAAAGAGCAACUUACUUGACUCUAGCAGAGCUAGAGCCUGUAUAAAUCGGAUAUCCAUUAGAAGGUGGACUCUCUUCUCCAGCUUGAUGAGUACUUGGAGCUGAAAAAGUCCAUCUUCUGUAAGUUAGUUACCUUUGUCCACACUAUCCUAACAAUGGAAAAAGCUAACUUCAAUGUGAUGAAAUGGAGGUUGUUCAUAUUUUAGUUGUUGCAAGCAAUUCGGAGUUGCUUACGAAGUUUGAGUAGUGUAUAAAGCCAACUAGGCUCACAGCAGACACACAGAAAAGUUUGUAUGUGUGUGUGAGUGCAUGCACACGUCUAUGUCCUGAGCCGUACUGCAGAUGUUAUUUCAAAGCUGCCUUUGUGAGUUCAAUAGUUCACUGGUUCCAUUUAGUAUCAGAGAAUGUAUACAAUAUACAACUUGAAAUUCUUACUCUUCACAGAUAUGCUGUUCAUAUAUUCAGGGCACACAUCUUGUCAAAAUACAUGGUGAUUGAAUUUCUGCCUGCAAUGCUCCCAUGCAGUAGGUCAUGUCUGGCAAUUGCUUCCUCUCUCAGCUCAUUUUCUUCUUUGACUCGGGAGCCAUGCAGGCAUCCCUGCUGCAGAGAACGUGAGCCUUCCUUGACAUCAUCUACAGGGUUCUUCUGAGAAGUGGGAGGAAUAUUGAUCUGCACCACCUCCCAUGUACAGUAUAUUCACUUCCUUCAGUGCCGUAGCUCACUAGAUAUGUCGUUUAUGGGUUAAUGCCUUGAUGAGAAUUAAUCAUUGUGUGCUUAAUAUUGAGCUACUGGUCAUCAUGAACUGUGAAUUAACUGAUAAAAUGUUGCAUGUUCAAAUUGCACAUGGACAUUUUCACAUGAUGAAUUAAUUAGCACAUGAAGAUUUCAUCCACAAAUUGUUUUGAACCACGCACUAAAAAUUUUGUGUGCUCAAAAUACACAGAUAUUUUCACAGAAAUCCCGAUGAUAAACCAAGCUUCAGUGCAAUGAACAAGCACCAGUUUAUUAUGCAGCACAGGUUCGGUGCUCCUGUUUAGGAGUGAUUCCGUUUCUAAGCCAAUGUUUUCUGGGCAUAUGUUUCUCAAAUUUGGACAACUAUAAACAGUGAAAUAUCCAUUACAACUUUUCUCUGGAAGGCUUAAGAAUGUAAAGAGACAUGUAUGGUUUCCUGUUUUUUUUUAAUUUAGUAGGUAGUGCUAAACAAUAGUUUUGCCAUCCAAACAAGGAUGUGGUCAAACUCAAUGGGGCUUCAUUAAAAAGAUACCAUUACUUUUUGCACUGGGUUAGAAACAACUUUAAAUUUCUCUCUGGCUAUCUAUGAACAGAUUCAAGAAAAGAUACUUGUCUAUUUUAUAAUGACUAAAGGCCAAUAAGAACUAAUUGCUUGAAGACUUAUUGAAAGUCAUGGUGGGUUAAAAAUUUUGCCUGGCUACCUCUAUGUACAAUCUACUGUAGCUAGUUCCUGCCAAUGCAUAAUUUGGUCUCCAUCACUCUUAGUUCCUACACUCUAUGGGGCCUUGGUACGGUGUAUUCUAUUACACCAAAGGGAAAAUCACUUCUAACGAGGACUUAUUCUCAUCAAUGAUUAUUGGCAUUAUAUUUAUUAAAGCUUUGUCUUCUUCAUUCCCAUGAAUUGUAUUAUGAUUGUAAUCUGUUGCAUGUGGCUUAAUCUUUGUCACAGAUAUUUCUGGUGAAAGAUAUUGCCUUGUGAACUGAUGAAAUGGAUACUUUUGAAUAUUAUAUUAAAAAACAGCAUUAACUGAUGAUUGCAUUUCAAGUUAUUCACCCAGUUAUGCAUACUGUCCUAAUUACAACAGCAUCUACUUGUAACAUUUCACAGUAUUUCCACGUCUGGUGCAACAUACAGUGCCAAUAUUUCAUAGAGUCACAAAGAACAUGUUCAUCAUUUCAGAACUGUUUGUGUAAUUCUCAAACUCAUAGAAGAGAUUCCACUGUGUGUACUUCCUUUGCUCUUUUAUGAAUCACUAUAUCUUAUGUGAACAAUCUGAAAUGCUAGUGUUUGUGCUUAACAUUUUUUCUCGGAGAAUACUUAUUACCAGUGUCCAUAUUAGCCAGCUUUUAUUGUAUUCCAUGUAUCAUUUUUGAGAAGUAAAGUUGAG